AUGGUCAAACCAGCAACAAGAGAAAGAAAGACGCCUGAAGACAUCUGCAGACAUGAAGACUGCACUCAAGCUGCUGCUGUCCCUGGCCUUAGCCGUGGCUCUGUCCAUCAACACAGCAACAACUAUAACUACAGUACCAGCAAUAACUACAACUACAGCACCAGCAACGACUACAACUACAGCACCAGCAACAACUACAGUACCAGCAACAACUACAACUACAGCACCAGCAACAACUACAACUACUGCACCAGCAACAGCUACAACUACUGCACCAGCAACGACUACAACUACAGCACCAGCAACGACUACAACUACAGCACCAGCAACAACUACAACUACUGCACCAGCAACAACUACAGCACCAGCAACGACUACAACUACAGCACCAGCAACAACUACAACUACUGCACCAGCAACGACUACAACUACAGCACCAGCAACAACUACAGUACCAGCAACAACUACAACUACAGCACCAGCAACAACUACAACUACUGCACCAGCAACAACUACAACUACAGAACCAGCAACAACUACAACUACUGCACCGGCAACAACUACAGCACCAGCAACGACUACAACUACAGCACCAGCAACAACUACAGUACCAGCAACAACUACAACUACUGCACCAGCAACAACUACAACUACUGCACCAGCAACAACUACAACUACUGCACCAGCAACAACUACAACUACUGCACCAGCAACAACUACAACUACAGCACCAGCAACAACUACAACUACUGCACCAGCAAAAACUACAACUACUGCACCAGCAACAACUACAACUACUGCACCAGCAACAACUACAACUACAGCACCACUAACAACUACAACUACAGCACCAGCAACAACUACAACUACAGCACCAGCAACAACUACAACUACUGCACCAGCAACAACUACAACUACUGCACCAGCAACAACUACAACUACAGCACCAGCAACAACUACAACUACUGCACCAGCAACAACUACAGCACCAGCAACAACUACAACUACUGCACCAGCAACAACUACAACUACAGCACCUGCAACAACUACAACUACUGCACCAGCAACAACUACAACUACAGCACCAGCAACAACUACAACUACUGCACCAGCAACAACUACAGCACCAGCAACAACUACAACUACGGCACCAGCAACAACUACAACUACAGCACCAGCAACAACUACAACUACUGCACCAGCAACAACUACAACUACAGCACCAGCAACAACUAA